AUGAGGAUGCCGGUCCCAACGACCCGUCUAACCACCUUCCACAUCCACCGCCCAUCCACCGUCCAACUCCUCCACGAAGCCGAGUUCAUCCUCGACGACGCACUUCGACACCUCCACGCGUUCAGGGUGAUCUCCGAAGGGAAAGCGGUAGAGAGCGAGAAUGUGCGGGUGUUUGCUGGGCAGAGUGAAGAGUUGCUCAACCGUCUCGUACACCUCAAGUCUCUCCCGAAAAUACGCUCCGAGAGCGUCAAGACACUCAUCAGAGCGAUCCUGCGAUGGAGAAGGGCCGUGCAAGUUGAAGAGGUGAGCGUUGCACCACCGCCCAUGCUUACGACCUAG